UGUAAUGAGGGCACUGCACUUACGUCGCUGUUAAUGAGAGGUCAUUCGGCUCAACUGAGAUACGGGUGCGUGGCGAUACUGCUGUUGGUUGUCACGUUCCUGCGCUGUCCGAGGUGCUGACGGCUGCGGGGGAAUUCGGCGCCCGACAGUGACGCCACCGUCAGUCCUCACGCAAGCAGGACAUAGUUAACUUCUGUGAGACAGACCGGCAUGAGUCAAGCCAUGACUCACAGGCUUAGAGGGAGAGUCUCAUGUGAUCUGGAGCUGGCGAGAUGAUGAUGAGGAGGAUGAUGAUGAUGAUGAUGAUUGUGGCUCCAUUGCCUCGCUGACAUCUUUGUGGCUCUUUCGGGAGGACUUUGAGCGGAAUGGACGAGCACCGGUGACAUCAGCGGGCACACUUCAGCGCCAUGGCGCACUCUUCUGGCUCCGCCCCUCGGAGGCCGGCAAACUCCUCCCAGGGGGCACACGCAGCCCCGCCCACAGUGGUGCGCAAGCAGCAGCAGCAGCUGCGGAAUCGCCGUGGCGAUCCCUCGGCCUCCCCCAUGGGUCGUGUCAUUUUGAUCAACACCCCCGAGGAGGGCGGUUCGGAGAGCGAGGACAUCCACACCAUAACGGUGGAUAAGAGCACCGAUGGCCGGUUGGGCUUCAGCGUGAGGGGCGGCUCGGAACACGGCCUCAGCAUCUUCGUCAGCAAGGUGGAGGACAACAGCUCUGCAGUGCAUGCGGGGCUGCAUGUGGGGGAUAAGCUGGUGGAGGUGAACGGCGUGAGCCUGGAGAACAUCACCAUGGGCAGUGCGGUGAAGGUUCUCACGGGGAACCAGCGGCUCCGUAUGGUGGUGCGGCGCGUGGGGAAGGUGCCCGGCAUCCGCUACUCUAAGGAGAAGACCACGUGGGUGGAUCUGAUCCACCGACGCAUGGUGGUAGAGGAGGUCGGAGCGACUCCCUCUGAGUCCAGCAGUGACAGCGCCCUCCGCAGGAUAGUGCACCUCUACACCACCUCCGACGACAGCUGCCUCGGCUUCAACAUCCGCGGAGGGAAGGAGUUCGGCCUCGGCAUCUACAUCUCAAAGCUGGACCCUGGUGGUUUGGCGGAGCAGAAUGGCAUUAAGAUGGGGGAUCAGAUCCUGGCAGCCAACGGCGUCAGCUUCCAGGACAUCAGCCACAGCCAGGCCGUCGAGGUGCUCAAGAGCCACACACACAUCAUGCUCACCAUCAAGGAAGCUGGGAGAUAUCCGGCCUAUAAGGAGAUGGUGGCAGAGUACAGUUGGCUCAAUCAGUCCCGCCAGUCGUCCCCCCAGGGUUCCGACUCGAUGUCCACGGCGUCCUCCCUCUCCUCCGGCACCCCCCUCAGCUCCCUCAGUGGUCUCUCCCAGAUGCUGCUGGCGCCAGCAGGGGAGAUGGUGGAAGCAUCCAUGCAGACGGACGCCGCGGGGGGGUCCAGCAGCCGCUCCCGGGGGGCCGUGGAGCUCCUGCAGGACACGUUGAUUGGAGGGGGAGGCCGGGGGGGCGAGUCCAGGAAGAACUCCCUCCUGAUGGCCCUCAGCCGACCCAGCCCUCCAAUCAGACGCACGCAGAGUCACAUGACCGUGACAGAGGACACGCAGAAGCAGAAGAAGAAGAAGCAGGAGAGGGAGCCGGGACCGGAGGAGAGCAGCAGCACCCUCCAGCGCUCCAAGACCUUUGUCAACCGGCUGUUCGGCGGCAUACGCCGGAGAGACACCACUAGGGGGCGCUCCAAGUCCCCCACAGGCAAGGAUAAACCAGCUCGUCGCGUCCCUGAUGCUGAGGCUCUGGCAGCGUUGGCGGCGGUGGAGGACAUGUCAUGGAGGUUACUCGGGGAGGACGAGGUGGCCGCCAUCAUGACUCUCUGUGGGAGGUAUUUGACAGAUGGUAUUGUGGAGAACUUAGUGCACCAUCUGCUGGCCAUCCUGGACCGUCCGGAGAAGCUGCUUUUACUGCGGGAGGUCAGGCUGCUGAUCCCCGUGACUGAUCUGGAGCUGUUCGACAGUCUGGUGGCUCCCUUCGAGCAGGAGGCCUAUGAGAUUCUCAAGUCCCGCUCACUGCGCUCCCCUCCUCUGCGCUCCCCUCUGUGUGGUCGGACGCCACGACGCCACCUCAUCACUCCUGUUCCAGAUUUCCAUGGUGGUUUUGAGCUGCAGAGCGCAGAGGAUGUGGAGAGGGAAAACCAGCUGCUGGAGGAGCUGGACAGGAUGAGACUCUCUCAGACGCCGGAGCCUCUGGACUACCCCCUGACCACCAAAGCUUUCACCCCCCUCCUGGACAUCCCCGUGGACUACCACUACGCCGUGGCCCCCACCGUACGCAGCCAAGCCAGGCCUGCCCUCCCCAACUGGCUGCUGGCCGAGAGCACCACCCCCCGCCUGCUGGAGAAUGGUUCAGUCCAGCCCAUUCAUUUUGAUUGGGAGAAGGGUCGUACCAACACAGAGAGGGGGAGGUUGCCGUUCAGGACCGGGAAAAAGGAUAAGAUUAAAGAGGAGGAGGAGGAGCCGGUGUUUACGGUGGGGGGCACUCCGGGGUACAGGAGGCCGCCACUCUCACAGGUGUUCGGGGUUCAGGCGGGCUCGGGCUCGGACUCAACGGCGCCCCCUGUGGUUCAGGUGGGAGAGAGGCAGCUGAACGGGCAGCAGAGACGGGGUCAGAAUGGCGCAGGGCAUGAAAAGGACUACAAGUUCACCACAGUCUACAUCUCCAAGACCAAACAGUCCUUAGGGAUCAGUGUCUCUGGAGGGGUCGAGUCCAAGGUGCAGCCAGUGGUGAAGAUCGAGAAGAUUUUCCCAGGAGGAGCAGCGUCCACCAGUGAGGUCCUCAGGGCUGGUUAUGAGCUGGUGUCGGUGGACGGCGUGUCUCUGAAGGGCGUGACCCAUCUACAAGCGGUGGACAUCAUCCGGCAGGCCUUCAGCCACAAGGCCAAGGACCCUAUGGAGCUGGUGGUCAAAGUCCCCAAGGCCCCCUGACCUGCAGCCUGGGCAGGGACACACCAACUGUUGGGCCCUCCACCCAGGACAGACCAGGUCACGGACGACUGGGGACCACGGCGGCCCAAGCGAAAUGGAGAAAGGCGCGGAGAAGAAAAAGCACUGGCUUGAGAACGGCAUGUUGGGUCUCUAGGAAAAGUGAGGGAGUGGAGAGAAAAAAAGAGGCAAGUGUUUUCAAACGACGUCGUGAAGGCAGUGUAUAUGAAGAAGAAGGCCGUGACGUCUUUGUUGACGUGCGUGUGUCAAAGAUGGGCGUAACGCCUUUGUUGACGUUGAGUGUGUCAAAGAUGGUGCAGCACCGUAAGAGCCCACGCAGAGCUUUGGGGGGGUUUAGGACGAGAGCCUCACGAGACGAAGACCUGACAGAGGGAAAUCGCUGGAGACGGCUGGAGAGAGCAGAGGCCUUUCUCCGUCAGCCGUGUCUCACACUGAAGUCAAGACGAGCACAAACUCAAGUCAAGACGAGCGCAGUGUCAACACGGACUAGUUGUUUCUACUGUCCAUCAGUGUGACGGUGAACAUGCCAGGACGAUGGCUCUACUGUGAACUGUGACAAAGGAGUCAGAAAAAGAUGGAGAAAUAUUCUGAGGACUGUUCUUAACCAAUACUAAUGAAAGAGUAACAAACACACACAGACAACCGGUCUUCUUUAAUUAAUACAUGCAGUAACCAUUAAAUGCAAGAAGCAACUAGUAGCCGAAUGCCAUUGAUUCUCUUCAAACAGGUCAAAGAUGAGGGGGCGAGAGAGAGAGAUGGAGAGAGAUGGAGAAAUAGAACAAAUACAUUACAUUUCUGCACAUAUUACAUAGUUCAUUAAAACAAUAACUCUGCAGUCUGCUGUAUUUAUGCAAUGUUUUUUUUUUAUUAAAACAAAAAUUUGGUUGGUAGAAGAAAUUUACAACAUGAAAAAUAUACAUUAUAAUGACUUCGUACAAAUACUGUGAAUAAAAAAAUUAUAAUAUAAA